CGGCCCAUGUCCCGGCCCCCGGUGCCGCCCGGUUCCCCGCGCCGCCUCGGCGCGCUCAGCACCGCGCAGCUCCGCGCCCUGCUGCAGGACGAGCCCCGGCUGCAGCGCGCCGCCCGCCUCAGCAGGAAGCCCCCCGCGGGAGCAGGGUCAGGGCUCUCGGGACCCCCCUCAGCCCCGUUCCAGCAGCUUUCCCUGGGCAAAAGCAAAGGGAAUAAAAUAGAAAAUCCUGGCAAAGCGCAGCCCAGCUCCGCUCCUGCCCUUGCCCAAGAUGAAGUUCCAGAGCCUGCAGUUGGAGCGGGAGAUGUGUUUGGCUUCAAACUGCACCCAGGCCAAAGUGAACCUGUCCCUGCGCCCGCAGCUGGAAGACGGGAAGGCUGCCCUAGCCAUCAAGUACCAGGAGCUGCAGGAGAUACGAGAGGCAUGUCGGGACAAGCAGCAGCGCCUGGGUUUAUUGGCAGCCCCAUCCCUUCCUGACACAGAGGCAUACCUGGAGAACUGGAGCCCACAGAGUGCCUUGGGCAAGCUCCAAGCCAAGCUCGAUGCCUCCGAGGCAGAGUCAGAGGCACAGGUAGAGCAGUUCCUGGCCCAGGACCUGCCCCUUGAUUCUUUCCUGGAGUCCUUCUGCCAGAGUCGCACACGCUCCCAUAUCUGCCGGACGCAGCUGGAGAAACUGCAGGAGCUGCUGCAGAAGGACAGGGUGGGCAGGGAUCCUGCGGGCCCCACGGGGUGCCGAGGGGCCCUACCUAGCCUAGCACCAGCCCGCCUAGCCCCAUUGCAGAAUGGAGUAGUCCCCAAAGCCUUCAACCUCUCCUGCGGCUUUGUGCCCACCUUUCUCAUCCCCUCGGAGGCUGUCGUACCCUUUGCCGUGCCAACUGCACCUCCCAGACACCAUCUCCCAGCCCUGGGACACCAGCCAGCAUCUCCCUGCUCCAAAAUCCCCAGCCUCGGUUCGCCCCUGCACCUCGUCGGACACAUCCCCCUGCUCAGCCCUCGGCCCUCCUGCAGACAGCAAGAGCAGAAGCAGGAGCUUCCGCACCGGUAGCGGGGCAGGGAUGGGGGAUGUCCCUGUCAGUUCUGGGGGGCUGCAGAGCCUGUUGGGCAGGCACAGGGUGGGUGCUCACAGAAGGAUGGAAGUGCUUGGCAGGGGUGGGAUGGGGCGGGUGCUGUGGCUGGGCAGUGGGUUCUGCACUUGGGAAGCUGCCUGGGGGAGGUCUCUGCAUCCACAAGAGGAGCAGGGACAGGAGGCGGGGGCUGGUGGCUUGUGGGGGUGUCAGUGGGCUCAGUCAGGUGGGAGGUAGCAGGGAGGAGGACCCAGGAGCACUGGGCACCAUGUGCUUUCUAAAUAAAGGCUCUUUUCCAUG